AUGCCACACAUAAAAUUAGGGGAAUCUAUUCCUCCAGACACAGCUCAUGUAAGUCCGUUCCUCGAAUGCCCGCUUUGUGUCUCGUUACCGACAUGGAGAUCCAAUGUCGCCUAUGAGGAGGGAGAAUCGUGGGUGUUGGACAGCAUGGUCACUGGGUAUCCUCGAUUCUACAUCCACAAGAGCAUAGCAGCUCUUGCUCAGGUCAUCGCCCAGGACUUUGGUCAGCCAGGACAGAAGGCCAUGCUGUUCCCCAGCAGGACGGCUGCGCAGCGGUGCCAGGCUUUCAUCAAGGCCAAGGCCCCAGCUUCUGCGCAGGACAAUCUCGGCUCGGUCCACUUGGUCCUUGACAGCUCCAAUCCGGCUGCCACGCCCCUGCGGCCCAUUCACCCGACAGUGUCUGCAGUAUUGUUCCUACCCGAGGCCUUCAGCUAUGCGAAACAGUACUGGCAGCACAGCGGCGAUGGCAUCUCUAGCAGACGCGCCGAGUUCUGCCACGGUCUGCUCGCGCAGGGUCUGCUUGUGCCGGCUGGUUCACCUAAGGCAGCGCCCGUGCGACAGCUGCCGCCUUGCAAGGGCCCAAGACGCUACCAGAAACCUAUGUCUGUCGACGAUCUGGCCUCCACGGCGCCGGCGAGAAACAGCCAGCAGCCAGACGCCAGCGGGCCUGACUCCGAGGAGUCCUCUCGCUUCGUCGAGGAGCGGUUCGGCAGGAACCUGGAUAUCUCCCUCGUUGAGCGGGCCAAGACGGCUAUCAGGAGGCGCAUCGCCGGUACACUGACGAGCGAUGUCGACGUCGGAGAAGAGCCCCUCCCCCAGGCCGAGCCCAGCAACAGGGGCGUCCAGGGCCUCACGGAGCACGACAUCUACAUCUACCCGAUGGGCAUGAAUGCCAUCUUCAACACCCACCGUCUCCUCCUGAGCGCCCGUGGCAGCAUGAAGAGCGUUGAGUUCGGCUUCCCCUACGUCGAUACGCUCAAGAUCCUUCAAAAAUUCGGCCCCGGCUGCGUCUUCUACGGUCAUGCUUCCGAAGAGGACCUGGACGAUCUCGAGCAAAGGCUGCGGUCGGGCGAGCGGUUCCUGUGCCUCUUUUGCGAGUUCCCUGGCAACCCAGUGCUCACCUGCCCCAACCUGCGGCGCAUCCGCGCCCUGGCCGACGAGUACGACUUCGCCGUCGUCGUCGACGAGACCAUCGGCACGUUUGCCAACAUCAACGUCCUGCAGUACGCGGACGUCGUCGUGAGCAGCCUGACCAAGAUCUUUUCGGGCGACUGCAACGUCAUGGGCGGAGCGGCCGUCCUGAACCCCAAGAGUAGGUACUAUGCCAUGCUGAAGGAGGCAGCCGCCCAUGAGUACGAGGAUACAUACUGGGCCGAGGACGCCAUCUUCCUCGAGCGUAACAGCCGCGACUUUGCCACGAGGAUCGACCGCAUCAACACCAACGCAGAGGCCAUCUGCGAGGUGCUCCUGUCGAAUCCCAUGGUCAAGAGGGUUCACUACCCCAAGCACAACGAAGAGUCCAGGGCACACUAUGACGCGUGCAAGGUGCCCGGUGGCGGGUACGGCGGCCUGCUGUCCGUCGUGUUUCAUCGCAAGGCGGAUGCUAUGGUCUUCUAUGACAAUAUUGCCACGGCCAAGGGGCCGAGCCUGGGUACCAACUUCACCAUCACCUCGCCCUACGUGGUGUUGGCACACUAUGCGGAGCUGGACUGGGUUGCCAGCCUCGGGGUGGACCCGGAUCUGCUCAGGAUCAGUGUCGGUCUCGAGGAGACGGAUGAGUUGGUGUCGGUUUUUAAGAGCGCCCUGCUGGCGGCUGAACAGGCCUCAGAGAAGUCUGGCCCCUAAAAAGGAGAUUGUUGAUUCGUCUUGCGGCGAAUAUUUCUUUGGCGACUAAUAUCUAGAACAAGACAAAUAAAGUCACACCUAAUUGGCAUCUGGAUCAUUGUUGUGACAGUAGUUUACAGAACCAAAUACGCAAGAUGUGGUGAUAUGCUGCAGGAAUUUCUUCGCAUUAGGGAAACGAGACAUCGGGCUGUUGGAUUAAUUAAUUGAUUGAAGAAUAACGCAGCUGCAUGCAUGCUCUAUACUGCAUGCUUGGGUAUCAACAUAUUUGAAAGGAGGAAGAAGAAGGGGAAAAAACAACAAAAAAGGUCGAGUUACAUGACGAGGCAGGAGGAAUGCUUGUACUGGUCACCAAAGAUUUCCAUGCCCCUC